UACUAUUUUAUUGUGAGCAAUUUAAUCAUCUCAGAUUAUAAUUAUAAAUCAUAUUUUCUUGGAAAUUCCUCCUCUCCUCUUCUUCAAUUCCUAUAUACAUAAAUAGCUUUCUCAGAUUACUCUUAUGCAUAUGUAAGAACUUGCCAAUGUAUUAGUGAAAAAGAUUAUCACUCUGGUCAGUAUACUCUUUCAUUUUCUUUUAUGUCACAGUGGUUAGCCUUGAAAUAUCAGUUGCCGUUACAUCGCUCAGUGUAAUUGCGCGUAUGCAUUCGAGAGAAUCUUAAAACAUCUUUGUCAAAUUCACAAAUCCUUGGUUGUUACUAAUAUCAAUGUGAUAUUUCUAUUUUAUUCUUCUUUUUUUGCCAGGAAGGAACAGCGUAUUGCUAAGAAUUAUAUGUGUACAAUUUUCUCAGCGAUCUUGUUCAAUAUCGUCAAGAUGAAGUAUUUGUAUGUCGGUUUUAUAUUUUUCGUAUGUAACCAUGUGACAUGGAGUCAGGAUUUAGCAUUUCCAACUGAUGAGGAGACGUCUCACGUCAGUGGUGGCAACUCCACGAUAAUAGAUGACCGUAUACCCAUAUCAAUACCAGGACGUUGCCCAAAAGACAUGCUUCUCUAUCCAGGCGACAGUGCGAAGGAUGCUUGGGUGUGCGAUUGUAGACCUCGAUUCUUAUAUUUCCCGUUGAACAAUUCUUGUUACGAAGCCUACAGACAAGGUCCUUGUCCGCUCAAGAAUUAUGUUGUUCUUCCUGAAGAUGAUGCGGUCCCUCGUUGUGUGGAGAAUCCUUGCUUGAAAGAUGGCGAGGUUCCAUUCAAUGGCACAUGCUAUCCUCUUCGAACAAUAGGCGGUCCAUGUGCGCCUGAUGGGGUAAUAGGUGUGAACGAAACUACUUUCCAAUUGGAAUGUGUAAAAACAGAUAUUGCACCUUUCAUAAUAAUUGACCCUCCCUCAAGGACAUGUCCACCAGGUAGUCGUAGAAGCACACUCGGAGUAUGCAAAAAAGUUAAACAUUAUAAUAGAGUACGUCGGACUGUAUCAGGAUAAUUUUGAUAAAUGUGUAUUUUGUAUUGUAACUUAUAUACAAAAUUACACGUGAUCGUUAUAAUAGGUACACUUAAAGAGCGUUAAAUAACAAAAUGUA